AGGCUUCUUGGCCCGAGUGAUGGCCCGAAGGCGGGUGCGUUUGUGAGGAGGGCCCACCUCCGGACGGAGUUUGGUGACCCUUACCCCCGCCAUGCCGGCUCUGCAAGUUUGGGGGCUCUGGGGGCUCGGGGCCUUUCUUGCAAUUUCAGGAACAGCAAAAGCUGCGGGAGACCCCAGUGUAGUGGAUGACGCGUCCGCGGACUGCUUCACUUGCUACAGCGGUGACGCUGGCAACGUCACUGCCAUGGAGCUCCUGCAGACACAUGUUGACUUGUCCAGCAACGGCGCGCAGCGCGCCCCCUCUGUCCCCUUCAAGGAAUGGACGGCGUCGCCACAGGUGCUCCGCGCAAGCGGCGGCAUCCUCCUCGUGUGCCUUCUGUUUGUCUUGAGCUUUAGCAGCACGGACAUCCUGGUGAGUGUGGCAAUUUUUACGGAUCUAUUUAUGACAACCGUCCUCACCCCUCUUGCGCCGACGCUCACGGCGGACUACCAGCUCAUAGCACUGCUCACACGCUCAAAGAACAUAGUGACUUGCCUGCUUGCGCCCUUCACCGCUCGCUUCAUUGAUGGAAAUGAAGCCAAGUCCAUGCAGCUUGGGAUGCUGUGCGCGAUGCUGUGCACGCUGAGCAUGGCGGCGGUGAAGGAUUACUGGUUCUGGCUGGCAGUGCGGAGCCUCAGCGGAUGCUCGACGGCGGCAACGGUUUGGGGAGGCUUCGCCCUGUGCAACCGAAUGCAUGCCGACGAGGCCGCCGCACGCAAGAAAGCCAUGUCCACGGCCACUGCCGGGCUCUAUGCCGGGGUGAUCCUGGGCCCACAGGCUGGAGGCUUGUUUGUCGAUGACUCCAGCUCCCUUUUCCUCCUCCUCUCGGGCGCGCAGUUGUGUACGUUUCUCAUGCUGCGCUUCCGGCUGCCAGACCUGUCGCAGCAGAAGCAGACGCAAACUGACCGUGCAGUCGACAUGAUGAGCCUGGUCAUGGACCCAGAUGUGCGAAAUCCGAUUAUUGCUUUGUUCUUAGGCCUGGCCUUCAUAGCCGCAUUGGAUUCCACAGCUUUUGAGUACAUGGUCCGCUUGGGCUAUGGCCAGAUGAAGCAGAACCUCACAUGGCUGCUGUGUUCAGUUCCAGCCGUCCUCUUCGCGUGCCUUGUCCCAACGCUUCGCACUCUCGUUGAAGGCCGGACGCUGCAAAUUCUGGCGAUGCUCCUGGGCGGCGUCGGUGCUUUGCAGCGUUUCGAUUCGGAUUACAUCUUGCUUGCGCUUACACUGCCGGCCGCAAGUGUCGCGGCCGGGAUCGUUGAUGGAAACACACCAGCUAUGUUGGCCGAUCGGAGCCAGGAGAAGUAUGGUGGGACGGGUCAGGUGUUCGUUCUGUCCAAUAUGGCUGAUCAGGUCGCCUUCAUUGUUGGCCCUGCCGCAGGCAGCAUCGUUUGCCAGCAGCUGAGCUUCCCUCUCAUGUGCAAGGGCUUUGGCUGCUGCAUGCUGCUCUACGCCUUCCUUAUGGCCGUGUCGACACUCCGGCCAGAAGAUGCCAAGCCUGCGAAGGGAAAGCGCGUGAGCAAUCGCAAUCUACGGAACCUGGGUGCUGCUACGCGGUGCUUGCAGCACCGGGGCGAUGUAGAUGAUGGCAUUGGCUGCGUGGGUAUUCCCAUCCAUCUGUCACAAGCGUUCAUCUAUCAAUCGCCAGGCACUCCGUAUCCCAAAGGAGCCAUCUAUGGACGCUUCGACCACCCCACACGGUUAAAGCUCGAGCAGUGCCACGCAAGCCUGGAGACGGCGCUUCCGCAUGUCUUGGCCUUUAACACUUACGAGGCCGCGGUGGCGAGCUUGCUGGCCCAGUUGAGAUCGGGGCACCGGAUGCUUCUGUUGGGCACUGGUCGUGAGCAAGAUGUGCUGCGCUUCUUCAGGGAUAUGGCAGCGAAGCGGUCCUUCCAGCUCACCCAGCAUGAGUGCACAGCGGGGCUUUCAUCCGCUGCGAGAGUCGACUUGCUUUCGGGAACGAAGCUUUGCUGGCUCAACGGUGCACUUGAGAGGAUGGAGCUCUUGGCUUGGGCCAAGGCAUGCAGGCAGGUUGGCGCCAUCCUUGUCACAGAUGCGUAUCCAUGCCCCCCAACCUCACCAACCUCAGCUCUACUUGCGGAAGGCGUUUCCGUUGCCCUCUAUCCUUGCGCAUUCAUCAGCGGGCGCGACGAUGUUCACGCUUGCAUGCUUUCUACGGAUGAUUUGGUUGUGUUCAAGAGCGCGCAGUACUUUCGGCAGACCAUGGGAAGCACACCGGGGAACUUCGAGUGCUACCUGGCCUUCCGGGGGCUUUUGAGCCUGAAGGCUCGCAGAGAUCGCCAGGCCGCCAGCACCUCUCUCCUGGUCCAAGAGCUCCAGCUCUCGGCGUGGGUGGAGCGUGUGGAGCGUGUGGCGGACACGAGUUUCCAGCUGGGUUUCAAUGGCUUCCAGGCUGGCUCUUUGGGCACGGCUCUGGCCCGGCUCUCCCUUUGCUCCACCGCGCCCCGUGCUUCCAAGUUUGAGACUCAGCUUAAAUUUGCUUCAGCUUCUUCAGCUGCUUCGGCUUCUUCGGCUGCUUCAACGUCGUCGACUUCGCCCUGGAUGGCUUUGCGCACGCAUGCACGGGUCCAAGGCGCACUCGUUCAUGUAGAAGUUGGCUUGGAGAACCCAGAGGACCUGCUGAAGGACCUCUUGGCCGCCUUCCAAGGUGCCGAAAGGAAGCCGCUCGAAGGCUUUGCCAGCCGCAUGCUCAAAAGCGCAUGUGACCCUUCUCCUUCCAAAACUCCUUCCAAGGCUCCUUCUUCUCCUUCUGAUCCUUCUGAUCCUUCUGAUCCUUCUGACGCAGCCAGCACAUCCACUACAUCCACUCGAUAUCCGCAGAGCGAACUCGGCACCCUGGAGAGGCUGGUGGCAGAGGCUCACGCCACAAAGUUUGCUGUUGCCUUUGCCAGUGGUUCUGCAGCGUACCAUGUACUUCUGGACGAGCUUUCGCCGGGAGACCACGUGAUUGCGAGCAAACGGCUCUAUGUCGGAGCCUUUGAGGCUUUCCAAGACAUUGCUGCAGACGCCUACGGUGUGAAGUUCACCUUCUUGAACUUGGAUGACCUGGAUGCCGUGGCGGCCGCAAUGCUGCCCGAGACGCGGCUCUUGUGGGUGGAGUCCGCCUCGAACCCUCUAGGGCACCCGGCCGACGUGGUCGGCCUUGCCCGGCUGUGCAGGAGGGGUAGCAAAGGCGAAGAAGGUAUUAACGGAGAGGUGCGGCGUCCGCGGCUGGUGGUGGACAACACCUGGUGUGGGCCACUGUCGCUGCGGCCCUCGGAGCUGGGCGCGGACUUGGUGCUGGAGUCCUUGACGAAGGCCAUCGGGGGCCACUCGGAUCUCUUGCUCGGGGCCAUCUGCACCGACUCUGCACACCUCCACGCCCAGCUCUACAAGGCCCGGGCGCGCCUCGGAAACGGGCCAGCGAAGCUGGACUGCGACCUGGCCAUCAGCAGUCUUUGCACCUACGA